AUGUUGACAAAUAAAUUGCCUCAAAAGUUGAAGGACCUAGGAAGCUUCACAAUACCUUUAUCAAUUGGCAACCAAUAUGUUGGGAAGGCCUUGUGUGAUUUAGGAGCGAGCGUAAAUCUUAUGCCCAUGUCUGUGUUCAAAAAGCUAGGAAUUGGUGAAGUAAGACCUACCACUAUAACCUUGCAAUUAGCAUAUCGAUCAUUUGUAAACUCAGAAGGUACAAUCGAGGAUGUCCUGAUAAAGGUAGAUAAAUUCAUUUUUCCUGUUGAUUUCAUUGUGUUCGACUGUAAAGAUGACAAAGAUGUGCGUAUUAUUUUUGGUAGACCUUUCCUUGUAACAGGUAGGACUAUGAUUGAUGUUCAAAAGGGAGAAUUAACAAUGAGGGUGAAUGAUCAACAGAUCACUUUUAAUGUUUUCAAGGCUCUGAAAUGUGUUGAUGAUAUUGAAAAGUGUCAUGCUGUCAACUUGUUAGAUUCUUUUGUGGAAGUGGAAUUUGAGAAAGAUACCAUGAUAAAGAGCAUAGUGAAUCAGAUUCAGUUGAUAUUGAUGAUGAAGAGCCAUUAG